AUGUUAUGCUAUGUAACUGUAUUUUUGCAGGCAUGGAGAGGACAAUAUACAACCUGGAAAAAUGAUACCUUGGCAACUGAAUUUAUUUUGUUAGGAUUUUUAACUAAUAAGCAGUCCUUGCUUUUCGGAAUAUUUCUGUUUAGUUAUAUUUUUACUUUCAUAGGGAACCUGACAAUUAUUUUGAUAGUGACUGUGGACCCUGUGCUUCAAUCUCCUAUGUACCUGUUUCUAAGAAGCUUGUCAAUCACUGAAAUUUUCUAUGUAUCAAACACUGUUCCUCGAAUGCUCAGAGACUUCUUGCACCAAAAUAAAGCUAUUUCCAUUAUCGGAUGUGCUACCCAGUUUUAUUUUUUCUGUUUUUUGGGUGCCACAGAAUGUUUCACUCUUACAUUCAUGGCAUAUGAUAGAUAUGUGGCAAUCUGCCAUCCUCUUCAUUAUAUGAACAUAAUGACCAAAACAAGGUGUCUAUAUAUGUUACUUGUUUCAUGGAUGGUUGGACUGGUUUUACCUUUGGGUAAUAGCAUUGAUGUUUUUGGUUUACCUUUUUGUAAAUCCAACAUUAUUGAUCAUUUCUUCUGUGAAAUUCUCCAAGUUAUGCCUUUAGCUUGUGCAGAUACUCAUAUCAAUGAGUUGUAUAUUGUAGUACAUACUUUUGUUGUCAUACCAUUACCAUUUAUACUUAUAUUUGUUUCCUAUGUUCGUAUUCUUAGAGCUGUAUUAAAAAUACAUUCUACAACUGGACGUAAGAGAACCUUUUCUACAUGCGGCUCACACCUUAUAUCAGUCAGCUUGUUUUUUGGUUCAGCCACCAUAACAUACCUAAGAACUAAAGCAAUAAAUUCAUCUGGAGGAGGAAAAGUGUUGUCACUUAUGUUCCUUGUGUUGGUUCCCAUGCUCAAUCCACUGAUCUACAGUUUGAGAAAUACAGCUUUUAAAAAUUCUAUAAAAAGACUCUUCACUAGACUUUUCUUUCUGUGA